AUGCCCUCCACCGACGUUGCCUCCUUUGUCAAUCACCUCCGCUCGUCCAAGCGAAUCUGUGCACUUCUCGGUGCUGGUCUUUCUGCUUCUAGUGGUCUUCCCACAUUCCGGGGUGCUGGUGGUCUGUGGCGUACUUAUGAUGCCACCGACUUGGCAACUCCUGAGGCCUUUCAGAGUGAUCCUGCCUUAUCAUGGCAAUUCUACAGCUACAGGAGGCACAUGGCCCUGAAUGCCAAACCCAACAGAGCCCAUCUGGCCCUUGCAGAAUUGGCACGUCGCAAUCCCCAAUUCAUUACCCUCAGUCAAAACGUUGAUGGUCUCAGUCCCCGUGCAGGCCAUCCUCCAGACCAACUCAAGCUCCUGCAUGGCAAUCUAUUUGACGUCAAGUGCUGGGACGAAUAUGGCUGCGGUUACCAUCGACAAAACGAUUUCAACGAUCCAAUCGUCCCUGCCUUGGCACUACCUGACGAUCCAGCCCAGGCUCCAGAUGCUCAAUUGAAAGAUGCUGUAAAGCAAAAGCAUGCCCUGCUCAAAGGCGCUGACAUCUCAGACAUUGCAAUCCCUAUACCUAAAAUUUCACGACAACAGCUCCCACAAUGCCCCCAGUGCAACAAGAAUCUUCUGCGUCCCGGGGUCGUGUGGUUUGGUGAGUCUCUGCCUCAGCAUGUGGUACAAAGUGUCUCAGCCUGGUUCGACCAGCCUGACAAGGUCGAUCUUAUCCUCGUGAUUGGUACGAGUUCCAAGGUAUACCCGGCAGCAGGUUAUACCCAGGUUGCGAGGCAAAAAGGCGCGCGUGUCGCAGUCAUCAACAUGGACCCGGCUGAUGCUACUUCUCUGACGAAUCAAGACUGGCUUUUCCAAGGCGACGCAGCAGUCAUUGUCCCUGACCUUCUCAAAAGCGUCAUAGGAGAAACUGCGGAAUAUGAUGACAAUUUCGCCGCCUCCUUGUAG